UUCAAAAGAAUUAUUCACUGGUCGUUCAACAACUUCUAGCUCGCUACUAGUUUAUCAGUGAUAGGUAGUAGUAAUUCGUCGUGCUGUAGACUAUUUGUAAAGAUUUAUAGUGUGGCAGAAUGCCGUGGUUUGGCGGGGGACAGUCGAUAAAGGUGGGUCGCUCAAAGUCGGGGGUUUACUGGGUAGCGGAGGAUGGAGGGCGGAGAAAGUCGAAGAAACGGCGAUCUGGGAGCACUGGUCGCCUCAACGAGAGCGGCGCGCCGCCUCAGGCAGCCAGCCCGACCCCUCCACCCGGGAUUCUGAAGAGGAGCGGGCGAUUCCGCGGCUCCCACCCGUCGUUUCAGUUCGAGGACGGCAUGGUUCCGCAGGAGAUGGCCGCCGCUGUCCCCAUGCCCAACGAGCAGACGGUCAACGCCAUGUUCUCUGAGAUGGUGGUAAGGCCGUAGUGCGCACCGAACAUACUUUAGUAAAUUAGCUACACUCGUGUUUCUACAUCUCAAGUCUGACUACACGAUCUGUCAUGCUCAGGAUGAGCUGGGGCUGAGUAGAGAGCUAAUGUUCAAACUGCCACUAGAGAAACGAUGGGAGCUCUAUCUCUCUAAACAGAAGGAGCAGCAAUCAACAAAGGGAGCUGACCCACAGCCGGAGUUCUAUAUCGACAAGAUCUCCACUCUUACAGAGACGAUGCGGGAGGUGAAGUCAUGUGAGGCAGCAGACGCUGCGGAGAAUUUGAGAGUGGCCAACGAACUGAAGACUGCACUACGGACCCAACCAGUCAACUUUGUGCUUCGGUUCAUCUCUCAGAAUGGACUGGAGAAUCUGCUCAUGUUUCUAGUGCAAAUGAAAAAUGCCGUCCGGAACAGUAUGCUGCACUAUGCUGUGAUAGGCUGUGUAAAGGCACUCAUGAACAGCCCUGACGGCAGAGCUCAUGUUCUUGUCCAUCCCAAUGCCAUUACCAUCAUUGCACAGAGCCUCAAGACUUCUGUCACCAGGACGAAAAUCCUCGUUCUGGAGAUUGUUGGAGCUCUGUGUCUGGUGCCUGGAGGACACAAGAAGGUGCUGACGGCAAUGGACCACUUUCAGACAUUUGCAGUCGAGCGCAUCCGUUUUCAGACGCUGAUCGUGGAUCUGGGGCGCAGUCUGGACGAGCCGCAGGACUCGGCCAACCUCCAGAUCGCAGUCCUCUCCUUCUUCAACGCCGUCAUCAACUACAAGGCCGGCCAGGAGAGUCUGGAGUUCCGCAUGCACCUCCGUCACGAGCUCCUGCUGCUGGGUAUCCUGCCCAUCACCGACCACCUCAGAGCACUCAACAUCACCCACCUCAACAGGCAUCUGGAGAUAUUUGAACUGGUGAGAGUAGAGGAUGAGAGGGAGCUGGCUGCAAGGCUGGACACAGUACAUGUCGACUCAAACAGUCUCAAGUCAAUGAUUGAGUUGCUGCACCGCAAGACGGUCCACACCGUCGCACACGCCAACCUACUCUCUGUCAUCUAUCACUGCAUACUGCUCCCUAUUGAUGACCCACUGUACAGCAAGUACUGGCAGCUUAUCGACCGACUGGUACAACAAGUGGUCCUCCAGCAGAGAAAAGGGGUGGACCCUGACUCCGCCCCUCUACCCAUCAACGUUGAUAACCUCAUUCAAAAGUUGCUGCGAGAGGACGAGAUAAAGGCGAUUCAGUGGGAGGCAGAGGAGGUCAAGAAGGAGGAGGAGAAAAUACGGUUCCAACUGAGCAAGAAAGAAUGGGAGUGUGACUCGCUCCGAAUGGACCGAGACCAGUGUAAGAUGGCGAUGGGUCGACUGAGGCAGAGGCUCAACAGGAAGACCUCGGAGGCCACUGAGGCCUGGGCCAGGGAACAGGACAUGCAGGAGAGACUCAAACUCAUGGAGGCAAAAGCUGAUGGGUACCAACACAGAGCGGAGCAGCUGGAGGCACUGCUGAGAGAGAGCCACAUCAGUACGGAGGACCUGCCUUCACUCCCGACUGUCGUCCCAGGCCCUCCUCCUCCUCCUCCACCUCCUCCCCCUGCUCAACCCCAGCCACCUCUCCCUCCUCCGCCUCCUAUACCCACUCAUCAACUGUACACCACUUCAACUCCAUCGGGCCACGCCGUCCCUGCCCCUCCUCCAGCCGUAGACCAGGUGGCCGACAGAAGGAGGAAUGCUCCGCAGCCUUCGCAGGCACUCAAGUCCUUCAACUGGUCCAAGAUACCUGCAGUCCAGAUAGAGAGGACGAUAUGGAGCAAGGUGGACGACAGCAGGGUCCACACCGUGAUGGACCUCAAGCAGUUCGAACAGACGUUCUCGGCCUACCAGCGGAGCAAGGAGGCGGAGUUGGGCGGCGGUCUGGGUGGCACGCUGCGCAGGAGGAGUUUACUGGACCGGCCCAGGGAGCUCUCUGUCAUCGAGAGCAAGAGGGCCCAGAACUGCUCCAUUGUCCUCUCAACUCUCAAGAUGACCAACAAAGAGAUCCAGAGGGUGGUGAUGACGAUGGACAAGGACGAGCAGCUGGAGAAGGAUAGCGUGGAGCAGCUGCUAAAGUACGUCCCCACCGUUGCCGAGAGAGACCUCCUCAACAGCCACGCCCAUGAGAUGGAGUCAUUUGCCAGACCCGACCGCUUUCUCCUGGAAAUGAGCAGGAUCCCCCGUUAUUCCCAGAGACUCAAAUCUCUGUUCUUUAAGAAGACACUCAGCGAUCGUCUGGACGAUAUCCGGCCCAAGAUUGAGGCAGUCCACUACUCGUGCAAGGAGCUGAAGAGCAGCAAGAAGUUAAGAAAGGUUCUGGAGGUGGUGUUGGCAUUUGGGAAUUUCAUGAACAGAGGUAACCGUGGCAACGCAUCGGGAUUCCGGCUGAGCAGUCUGAACAAGAUGGCCGACACCAAAUCCAGUUCUGAGCCAGACAUCAACCUCUUGCACUACCUUGUACAGACCCUCAAGACGAAGUUUCCAGAUGUAUUGACUCUGGAGACGGAUCUUCCUCACAUAAGAAAGGCCAACAAAGUCGAUUUCAAGGAGGUUGAGAAGGAGUUCUCAGACAUGCAGGUGGAUCUGAAGGACUUGGAACACGAACUGGAGUUCCAGAGACGCAGCGGCGCCGUCGACAACUCCGACCUCUUCAUCCCCGUCAUCGCCGAGUUUGCCGCUGACGUGCGCUCCGUGUUCGCCGGGAUUCAGACCCACAUUGUGGAGACCAGGACUGAGGUGAGUUUCAUAACACACUCCUGUUCUUUGGGGAGGAUCCUUCAGACACAACGACUGAGGAGUUUUUCAACAUAUUCACACUCUUCCUCCAUUCCGUCAAUGAGGCCCACGUGGAGUUGAUAGCUGUGCAGAAGAAGAAGGAAGAGGAGGAGAAGAGGAGAGAGGAUAUGGAGAGACACAAGCAGCUGACCCUCCAGCGGAGGAAAAAGAGGCAAGAAGCUCAGAUCACUGAAACCUCGGACCCGGCGGCCGCCCGCGACAGUGCAGAGUUCGAUGACAAAGCGGAACUAGACGAUCUCAUCGCAGUCCUCAAGUCUGGGGAGUACUUCAGUCGACAGAGGGGGCGGAGACUCAGUGGAAUCAGCAUGACGUCAUCAGGGGGCGGGGCAACGAGCCAAAGGAACUCCAGAGUGUUGGAGUUCAGUAGAGAGAGGAGUAACUCGUCUCUGGUUAGAGAGAAGAGUUCCUCGUCGACGGCCAGAGAGGGACGUAGGGCCUCCUCCUCGUCCUCCAGUCACAACAGCUAGCAGCACAAUUAUGAUGAUGUCACCUUUUUCAACCAUUAUCACUGACUCAUCAUGUUACAUGCACAAGUUUUCAUCUCCAUAAUGAAUGAUUAUAGCAGUCAAUAGCACCCACAACAGUGAGAGAAUGAAGCUGGAAGAAAACGAACGCUUUUGUCAUUAUAAUUAUACGUUUGUUUCAAACUUCCUCCCAGCAG